AGUAUAAUGUCACGUGAAAAGCACGUGCCAUAUAGCUUUUCCUUUUAGUCUUUGGCUUUGCUGAAACCGGUUCAAGAAACAAUCUGAGUCGCGAAUCAAGAACAGCUAGCAUCUCCAUCUCCAACCGCUUUUCGAUUCUAAUUGAAAAGAAACAAUGAAAGAAAACAAGCUCGUUGAAGAAACACGUUUAUCAGCCAUGAAAAUCAACGGUCGCUUUGCUCUCCUUCUACUUUUUUUCUUGAUCUCAAUAACUGUUCAGACAGAAGCCGAAGUCAUAACCCUAACUCCCGACACCUUCUCCGACAAGGUAAAGGAGAAAGACACGGCAUGGUUUGUGAAGUUUUGUGUUCCUUGGUGUAAACAUUGUAAGAACUUGGGAACAUUGUGGGAUGACUUAGGAAAGACAAUGGAAGGAGAAGAUGAAAUAGAGAUAGGAGAAGUUGAUUGCGGCAUAAGCAAAUCUCUAUGCACUAAAGUAGAUAUUCAUUCGUAUCCCACAUUUAAGCUCUUUUAUGAUGGAGAAGAAGUUGCCAAAUAUCAAGGGCCUAGGGAUGUUGAAUCGCUAAAAACAUUUGCAUUGGAAGAAGCAGAAAAGGCUGCAGAAAAAGCACAGCUAGGCAGUGAUAAAGAGUUGUGAUCAUCCAGAAGAGGUGAAACUUCUGAGAAGAAACAGGGUGGCGGUUGCUCUUCACAAUGGGAAGCUUAAAUUUUGAAGACACCCUAAAUUACACAGGGUCUUCAGGGCUGUACUGGAUUGUGUAACGAAUAUGAUGUUUGCGUCUUUUUCUGCAUAUUCCUAGCUAGAUGUGGGACUAAUCUUGUGGGCAUGGCAAUGGCCUGUAUUCGUGAGAAUUUAUACACUGAAUGUUGACUGAUUUUGAAUUAGUUUUGCGUGUUAUGGA